GAAAGUGCAAAGCAGAUGCUGUUUGGAAGAAUCCGGAUUGUGCUACAACCCUGAAAGCCAUGCCAGACCUGAACAGAAAGACAGCGUUAAUUUGGGGUUAGUGUAACGCUACAUGUAUUAGUUUCGUAUGUGUGCACGCUUGCUAAUAACACCGAAACUCACUUCCCACUUGCGGAACUUGCGCUGCUCUUCCUCAUUUGUUGGUCUCGGCUCACAGUGGGUACACUGGUCUUACUGCGUUGCUUAGAGGACAGGCAAGAUUACACGCGCUGGACUCUAGGAGCGUGUGGGAAGCUCAAGUGGUUAAGUCGCAUAUUUGCACAACCUGCACCUGCUACAGGCAUUGUGAAAGGAAUUACUUGCGCCGUGACAUUGGAAUACAACUCCAACAAGAAAACGCAUCGGACAGAUUAAUAUUGGUAACUUUUUCCUGUGCGAUUUUUGACACAGCUAUCUUAAAACUGAUUAAACGAUCGAACAGAGUGAUAUAUUAAAAUAUUAAAGAUAAUGUUCAAUUAUCUUUAAUUUGUGAUCACUCAUUAGCAGGAUUACUUAAUAAGAAACGAAUAUGAAAUUCAACGGGUACCUGAAGCUCCGGAUUGGGGAGGCAGUGGACCUCAAACCAACAACCACCUCACUUCGGCACUCCGUUAUGUUCAACAAAACGUCUUCCACCCUGGAUCCUUAUCUUGUGGUCAAAGUGGACGAGUUCAAAAUUGGCCAGACACACACCAAGCAGAAGACCAACAUGCCAACUUACAACGAAGAGUUUUGCCUCAAUGUCAACGAUGGCAAGAAAAUUGAACUUGCAGUGUUUCACGACGCUCCUAUUGGAUACGACGACUUUGUCGCCAACUGUAUUAUUCACUUUGAGGACCUGAUCAAAACUUCCAACACGGAGGAAACCUUCGAGGGAUGGGUGGACCUGGAGCCAGAGGGCAAGGUGUACAUUGUCAUCUCUCUCACAGGCUCCUUCACUGAUGACGACGCCACGGGGAAUGACAGGCAGUACAAGCAGUUCACGCGGCAGCGGCAGGGGGCGGUGCGGCGGAGGAUCCACCAGGUCAACGGGCACAAGUUCAUGUCCACAUUCCUGCGCCAGCCCACCUUCUGCUGCCACUGCAAAGAGUUUAUCUGGGGAGUGUUCGGCAAGCAGGGCUACCAGUGCCAAGUGUGCACCUGCGUGGUCCACAAGCGAUGUCACCAGCUGGUUGUCACGACGUGUCCCCGAAUGAAGAAGCCGGCAAAGGAGGAGACCACCAACCAAGGCUUCAGCAUCAAUGUCCCUCACAAAUUCAACGUCCACAACUACAAGGUCCCCACCUUCUGUGACCACUGCGGCUCUCUUCUGUGGGGAAUUGUCAGGCAGGGCCUGCACUGCAAGAUCUGUAAGAUGAACGUGCACAUCCGCUGUAAGGGCAACGUGGCACCCAGCUGUGGCGUCAACAAUGUGGAGCUUGCCAAAAAGCUGGCUGAGAUGGGGCUGCAGCCGGGAGGGCUCUCCAAGCGCAACUCCAUGGGGAGCUCCCUAAAUGAAGGCAACUCCCGCGGCUCCAGCGUGCGGAGUGAGAGCAGGGCCAGCAGCACAGAGGCGGAGACCCGGCGUCUGGGCAUCUCAGACUUCACCUUCCUGCAGGUGCUAGGCAAGGGCAGCUUCGGCAAGGUGAUGCUGGCGCGUCUGAACAGUGUGGAGCGGGUGUUUGCGGUGAAGGUGCUGAAGAAGGACAUCAUUCUGCAGGACGAUGACGUGGAGUGCACUAUGACAGAGAAGCGGGUGCUGUCACUCGCUCGGUGCCACCCCUACCUCACACAGCUCUACUGCUGCUUCCAGACCUCGGACCGCCUCUUCUUUGUCAUGGAGUUCGUGAACGGAGGUGACCUCAUGUUCCACAUCCAGAAGUCUCGAAAAUUCGAAGAGGGGCGGGCACGGUUCUACACAGCUGAGAUCACCUCUGCCCUCAUGUUCCUGCACGCCAAGGGCAUCAUCUACAGGGACCUGAAGCUGGACAACGUGCUCCUGGACAAGGAUGGUCACUGCAAGCUGGCCGAUUUUGGCAUGUGCAAAGAGGGGAUGUUUGAAGGCGCGGCCACAGGGACCUUCUGCGGCACCCCGGAUUACAUUGCCCCAGAGAUCCUCCAGGAGAUGCUGUACGGGCCCUCAGUUGACUGGUGGGCACUGGGCGUGCUCCUGUAUGAGAUGCUCUCUGGCCAUGCCCCCUUCGAGGCGGAGAACGAGGAUGACCUCUUUGAGUCCAUCCUCAAUGAAGAGAUCGUCUAUGCUUCCUGGCUCAGCACGGACUCCGUGAACAUCCUCAAAGCUUUUCUGACCAAGAACCCUGCGCGCCGGCUGGGCUGCGUGGCGGCGGACGGCGGUGAGAACGCCAUCGUCAGCCACCCCUUCUUCACUGGCAUCGACUGGGAGAAGCUGAACCGCAGGGAGCUGGAGCCCCCCUUCAAACCCAGGAUUAAAACGCCAGAGGACGUGAAUAAUUUUGACCCAGACUUCACACGGGAAGAGCCCAUCCUCACACCCAUAGAGGACCCCAUGAUCCCCUCCGUCAACCAGGACGAAUUCCGAAAUUUCUCAUUCACCUCCCCUGAGCUGCUGGAGAUGUAGAGCCCCCUCUGAUAACCCUCUCUCUCUCUCCAUGUCUUUCAAUGCCUGUCUUUUUGAUCACCUCCAGCCCUCCUCGAUCUUCGCCCCCUGUCUGUUUUUGUCCCCCUUCGCUAUGAGUGUUCCCCUUUCACAAUCCUGCCUUUUUGCCCUGCCGUGUCCCUCUCUUCACAUGGGUCAGUAUGUAUCCCCAAAAACAACAAUGCACUGCAGUUUGGGCGCGCAGUACGCUGCAGAAAGAGCAUGUCACCCAGCUCCCUCAGGCAUGCAGAGCCAGAGAGAUCGACGCGCAGCACCCGGGACGGGCGGUGCCGUUGCCCCUGCAGCGCAGACUGGAGGAAGGGCAUCUCUGAUUGGAUCGCAUCAGCCCCAUCAGCAGCCUGAGGAGUCUGGGUGUCUGCUUUCCCGGGAACGGGCUGAAUGAACAGAGAUGUGCAGAUACUCUGGACCACACGCUCUCCUCUUUACAGAGGAGCUUUUGCAUUCGAGUCCUCUUUUCUUUUCAGGAGUCAAUCUCCUGAUCUCCUCCACUUUCCUUUGUAAGCCUCCUUUCUGCUGAGGUGUGGUUGUAACUUGCCCUGUACAUGUCAAAACAGCGCUGACGGAAUUUGCAUUCUGCAACUUUAGGCUGAAUACAGGCAUGUUUGUGAACCUUGUGUUUUCCCCUUGCUGCCCAUUGCCUCAGUCUCAGGUUCCCACAGCGCCAGGCUCUCGUGUAUCUUCCAAAAGAGGCAGAGAACUGAAUGCGGGUGCUCGUAUCAGCUGUGACUUUUUGUUGAUACCACUGCAAACAAAGUACAAAACUAGGUGUAUCCUACAUCACCUGAGCUUGUCCCAAAGAAAAUUACAUCUUGCAGGAGUCUGCCUUGUGUCCCAGGCCACCACAGAGAGCCAGAGUGGAUCAUUUUUUUAAAAAAAAGGCCAACUACUGGGUGGGUCUGUGGUAGCCAAGACUUCCUGUAAGGGUAAGGCUACUCAUUAAAAUCCCAUGGAAGGGUCUUGUGAAAUAGUUUUUCAAUGAUGCGACACUCAGUGCCAGAUUACUAACAUGAGUAGAGGAAAUAAAGUGCCAGAUGUCUUCUCUGGUCAUUAUGAAGAGAAGAAAAUUCUAGAAAAGGGGCCUUGUUUUGGACACUGGAUGUGCAGUUGUGGUCACAACAGUAAACCUCAUCUGUAUCUGUGUUAGUUAAUAGCACCCAAUAGUCCAGCCCUCCCUGUGGUUACUUAGAACUUGUGCCUCAUGCUGGUCUUUUGUACUAUCCUCAUGGCCAUGCAUUCACCCAAAGAUGAAGCAACUGAUGGAAUACUAUUGGUGAAUUGAUUAAACAUAUUAUUUCAUUCACAAGGUUCCACCCCAAUGACCACUUGUCUCAUUAUGUGUGGUGUUAAAUAUUGUAGUAUGUGGUGACGGGUGGGAAUCUCAGUUGUAAUGACUUACAUGCUGUAAUAUUCUAGUCCUUGAUCUGACUGGCAAACAGUCCUAUUUGGCUAAUUAAAAAGGAAAGAUGAAACUAAGCUCAGGAAUAUAUAUGUGCUAUAUAUUACAGAUUCCAUACAUGCUGGGAUAGACAAGCAGCACAGUUCUUUCAUGUAGCUACUUUUCUUACUCAUGAAUAACUGUGCUGGCCCUAAAGCUUCAUUUAUUCUAACGAAGGGGAAGUUCAUCUUAGGGGAGGAGUUCAAUUAACUGUAAAAGAACAGUAUGUAGAUGGGAUUCAUUUAAUAAAAAAUGUGAUUUAUUUAUUUGUAUACAUUGUCAAUCAGAAUACAGAAUUAUGUAGUCUUGGUAAAUCUCAAUGAAUGUGAAUCUAACAUACAUUUUUGACAGUAAGUAUUAAAGCACACAGUCUUUCAGGUUUUGCUGUUUUAACUGUCCAUCAGGUUUUCGCUUGAGAUUCUGUGUGUGGGACAGAACUUGCCUGCGCAGAAUGUACAGUAGUGUUACGCGUCAUUUUCACUCUUCAGAGGAGCGUAGACUUGUAUGUCUGUAAAUAAGUGCUUUUUUUAUAGUACCGAUGAAGCGAGCGUUGAAUCAAAUUUCCUGUGGUAAAGCCCUGUUAGCCACCAGCUACCUGCUGCCUCCUCCCAGCUCAGGGACGACUCACUCAGUGCGGCUUGGUGAGUCCCUGAGUGACGUCUCCUAGUUUGUGUGAGAUAACGAGCGGGGUGAGUGUGUUUGCACUCUUGCUCUGGCUGAGGUGUCGUGCCAAUUAACCCGUCAAUGCAGCGGCAGCUACGGAAAAAAUGUAACAUAACAAGAGCUCAAUAAAAUUCAGAUUUACGGGGCUGUGUUGUUUGUUUUGUGGUUAUUCAUUUGUGCUUCUGUGUUUUCAUAUCACACUUUCAUAUCAUCACAUUUAAUAACUUUAAUCCCACUGCACAUCAAAAAAUUUUCUUCCAUUAUAUUCCCUUUGUGUGUAUGUCUGUAUCUUCCUUUUGUGUGUAUGUGCCUUUUUUCCAUCGCUCAAUUGACAGGGUCCUCAAAUGCCAUUUAAGAACCCAUCUGUCAAAGAGCAAAUAUAAACUCCUAUCAGUCACUCAAUAAUUCAUCGCCUGUGGCAUUGAAAUGCCCGGGCACGCAGACAAAAGCUAGACACACUUCGGACAUGAAUAUUUCAUUCUGAGGAAAUAACCAUGUCGCUCUGCCAUCACAGAGGAGCUGGACCUUGCUCUGCUCUUUGGUCUGACUGAAAGACCUCACACAGAAUCGAAAAGUCUUCCUCGGCGUGGCCUCU